ACUGGAAGGACCACAUGUACUUCUCAGAAACGGGGGAGAAACGGGCGGGACCUUGUGUGUGCGAACUUCAUCAAAUCUCUCUUAGGCUCAUUUUUUUGUUCUCUCGACAGUGUAACCAAAGGGGAAAGUUUGGAGUAGUCUGAAGAUUUCAGCACUUCGGGCACGAGAACAAGAUGGCAUUGACAGUGUCAAGUGACUUGUCUGUCAAUGUGGCUACAGACCAGAAUGUUAAUAAAUUAUCAGACAAAAAGGAGGUACUAAACAGGAGCAUACAGAAAGGAGAACCUAAAUCAAUGGGGAUUUCCCAGGUCAUGCUUGGAUUUCUAAUCAUCUCUUACUCUGUGCCACUGCUCUCUGCCAAACUCACAGAGGUUGUAACAUUUGGUGUGCCGUGGUGGAGCGGAAUAUCUUUUGUCGUUGCAGGUGCUGUUGCUCUUAUAAUGGAUAAACAGAGCAGUGUUUCUUUGGUCUUCGCAUGCAUGGUGUUCACAAUAUUCGCUGCAGUCAUCUCGGUUAUUGCAGUAAUCUUCUACAUGGUUGAUAUUGUGAAGCACCCACAGGCUACUUGCGAGAGGAACACAGUACAUCCAUGUGAUGAAGAAUAUUAUGCCUCGAGAUUCAGUGUAGAAGUGAAGUCAAUUCUCAUGUCUCUCAGUAUGGUGCAGACUGCCAUCUCCUCUGCUUUUGGAUUCAUUCUGUACAGAGAAAGGCAAAAUUUUAACAACUACAUAUUCGUGAAUUGAGGAUUUCCUGUAUUUGAAAAGAAAAACCCUGACAGCUCUGGACUUCAAUCAGCUGCCACACAUCUUUAUAUUUACAUAUUUCUAAAAUACAUGACGUUCUCUUAUUCAUAGAUAUAUUGUAUUCUAUAAUGGACAGUAUGUAUUGGGAUGCAUUGGACAUUUUGUUAACAUAUUAUAUAAUAUAGGCUACAUACAAUGAAUCUUUCAAAAUUGCAUCAGAGAAGCUCGAAAACUGGGUUGAGUACAUUUCAGCUGCGUAGAGUUCUGGUCUACUGUUUUGCUAGUUUCCUUGAAUGUACAAUACAAGCUGUGUUAUGUCUAUUCUUGCAGCUGGUGGCCUUUAACCUUCCAAAAUUCUUCCACAAGUCCCCACAGUAUUUCCUGCUCAUAACAGAAGUACUCAGCUCUUCUGCUUCAUUUGUAAUGGGAAACAGUCUACAAUUGUUGUACUGUAAAAUUGUCCCAUAAUUUCUUGUAUAGUCCGAAUAUAGAGAUGCCAAAAAUGAAUGAGCACGUUCAGUUGUCAGCUACAUCAAAUUUGUUUUGUUUUACUUUAUUAAAAUUUAUUGAUUUGUGUCAUUGUAUGGGAAUUUCAGCGAGAACAAUUUCAUAACGAAUUCUUAUAUUUUUUGAAUGUUCCAACACUAGUAGUUUCAUAUAUGGCAUUUAUACACAUGUUCUAUUAAAAAAAAGUCUAUAAUAAUGUACGCAUUUGGGUUUUUUAUUAUUUUUAUCCAUUUGUUCUGUUAGAUUUUGACUUUACCCACAAAAUCGGAGAACUAUAAAUAAAUAAAUAAAUAAAUAUUAGUCAGUA